AUGCGUGACUUUGACGUGAUUCUGGGCAUGGAUUGGUUGGCUAUCAACCAUGCUAGCAUAGACUGUUCUCGUGAGGAGGUGAUUUCUAACCCCCCUAGGGAAACCAGUUUCAAGUUCAAGGGGUCGAAACGAAAAAGUGGAUCAUUACGCUUAUGCAUAGACUACAGAGAGUUGAAUAAGGUGACCAUCAAGAACAAGUACCCGCUUCCUAGGAUUGAUGACCUGUUUGACCAGCUACAGGGUGCUACCGUAUUUUCCAAGAUUAACCUACGAUCAGGUUACUACCAACUGAGGAUAAGGGAUAGUGAUAUCUCGAAGACUGCGGAUUUCCUGGACACAUUUGUAAUUGUUUUCAUUGAUGACUUCUUGGUCUAUUCCAAGACAGAGGCAGAACACGAGGAACAUCUUCAUAAAGUCCUAGGAACAUUGAGGGAAAACAAACUGUAUGCAAAGUUUUCUAAGUCCAUUGGAUGUGCCAGAAUGGAAGUAGGAGAGCAUGUCCAUGGAUUUCAUUACGGGUUUGCCCAGGUCAGUGAAAGGCUUCUUAACGAUUUGGGUGGUGAUAGACAGGCUCACCAAAGUGGCACAUUUUUUUCCAGGGAAUCUCACGGACCCUGGUUUCACCUCCAGUUUUUGGAAGAGCCUUCAGGCAGCCUUAGGGACACGAUUAAACUUCAUACAGCCUUCCACCCCCAGACGAAUGGGCAAACAGAAUGCUUGAAACAGACGUUGGAGGACAUGUUGUGCGCUUGUGUGUUGGAAUUCUCAGGGAGUUGGGACUCCCACUUGCAUUUGGCAGAGUUUGCUUAUAAUAAUAGCUAUCAGGCUACCAUUAGCAUGUCACCAUUUGAAGCUCUUUACGGUAGAGGUUGUAGGUCUCCUGUUUGUUGGGGUGAAGUUGAGGAGAGAAAACUUAUGGGAACUGAGUUAGGGAAGUUGACAAAUGAAGCCAUGCAGAAGAUUUGGGCUCGAAUGCUAGCAACGCAAAGCAGAUAA